AUCACCAAGUGCUUACAUCCAAUCCAUACAAAUAUAUAUCCAUUUCAGACACAAACUAAGUUGAGAUUGAGUGGCUCUCUGAUUUCAACAAUGGCAGUCUCAUCACUCUCCCUCAGCUUACCGUCCACAAGUCUAUCAGAAAGGUUUAAUGUGGCACAUUCAAGAUUUACUCUUAAGCCUUCUGCAAUCCACAUUAAUGCCUGCUCAAGUGACCCAACUUCUGAGGAUGAAAGAAAUUCCAAGAGAAGGCUACUAUUGCUGGGAGCAGGAGCACUUGCUUCGACUAUAAUCCCCGUGAAUUCCGUGUUGGCUGAAGGAACCCCAGCAAACUAUGAUUCAUUCACGGACUUAUCAGAUGGCUAUUCAUAUAUUUACCCCUCAGAUUGGAGGGAAUAUGAUUAUAGAGGACAUGAUUCUGCUUUUAAAGAUCGAUAUCUCCAAUUGCAAAAUGUUAGAGUGAGUUUUAUACCAACUGAUAAAUCAGAUAUCCAUGAUAUGGGUCCAAUAAACAAGGUCGUGCCCUAUUUGCUCAAGAAUGUUUUGGCUACACCUACGCAAGUAGCAGAUAUAUUUGAUAUGCAAGAGAGGACAACCGAUGGGAAGAACUAUUACACCUUUGAGUAUACACUCACUUCUAAGAAUUUUUCAAGAGCGGCUUUUACAACUAUAGCAGUUGCAAAUGGGAGAUACUACACGCUAAUUGUUGGAGCUAAUGAAAGGCGUUGGAGAAGAGUAAGGGACAAGCUUAAAAUAGUAGCAGACUCAUUCAAGGUGCUCGACAUUUAAAUGCUGUUAGAAUCAGGCUCAGAAACAUCACGCAAGAAUGCUCAUCGAUUUCUUUAUCUUGUACAUAAUCAUGGCAUUUGUACCAAUGUGCGCUUGGGCUCCUUUUUGAAAUUGAACGAGAUUUGCAACUCAAUAUAGUACAACUGUCAUUGAUAUUCCAUUAUCAACUACUUGUAUAUCUUAAUCCAGUAUUUUACAUUAGCAUUUUUGUGUU